GAUUUCAUCGUUGUCGUCGUCGUCGUCACUCGAUCGCUCUUCUCUGUUCCUCCGGUGGGGAAAAAAAGAAAUGGUGAUGGAAAUUGUGAAGCCAAACACGUGCAUUAGAGGAUGUUGCACCAGCGAAUCGAUUCCUCUUCAUCUCUCUUCUUCCUCGUUCACUCUUCUCUCUCCAAUCGCUAAAGGAUCAGAGAGUGUGGUUUACGAAGCGAUUCUAGAUGGACGCAAAGUAGCAGCGAAGAAGCCAAUCUUGUCUACUUCCGAUGACCUCGACAAGUUCCACAGGAAUUUGCAGCUCUUAUGUAAUUUAGAUCAUCCGAGUGUGGUUAAGCUAGUGGCAGCUCACGCUAAGCCUCCCAAUUACAUGUUUUUCUUUGAGUUCUACGAGUUAGGGACGUUAGCUGAGAAGUUGCACGUUGAGGAGUGGUCUCCGAGUAUUGAUCAAGUGUUGAUGAUCACGUUUCACUUGGCUAAGGCAUUGCAAUAUCUUCACAACAACGGAAUUGUUCACAGAGAUGUGAAACCAGCAAAUGUUCUUCUUGACGAGAGGUUUUCUCCAUAUCUGGCCGACUUUGGUUUAGCAGAAUACAAGAAGAAUCUGUGCGAAGUUAAUCUGCAGAACUGGAGAUCGUCUGGAAAGCCAACUGGUGGAUUCCACAAAAAGAACAUGGUCGGAACACUUAUUUACAUGGCCCCUGAAAUACUAAAGAAAGAGAUGUAUACUGAGAAAUCAGAUAUUUAUAGCUUUGGGAUUUUGAUCAAUGAGCUUUUAACUGGAGUUGUUCCAUAUACUGAUCUUCGUGCAGAAGCUCAGGUUCCUGAGUUGCAUUCAUUUAACUUUUCUAUAUUGCUAAACCUUGGCGAGAGCAGUUCUUACGAUCAUAUAGUCAAUUUCAUGCUCACUGUUUUGGAGAUGAAUUAUACAGAACAGCAACUUACAGCUGCCAUUGUGUCUUCUGGUCUGCGACCUGCUCUUGCUGAAACUGGAUUGCACCUUCCAAAGAGUUUGUUGUUUUUGAUACAAAAGUGCUGGGAGGCUGAUCCUUCUAAACGACCUUCUUUGGACAAUGUGGUUUUGGAACUAGAAUCAAUUUGGGAACAAGAGAGAGGAAAGCAGCAAGGUCAAUUCCAUGAGAAAACUUUUAACUCCCAGAGUGAUAAGGAUGGGGACACCACUAAAAGGUCGGAAGAUUACAGGGACACAAUUAAUUGGUCUAGUCAAGGGAAGUGUUUAUCCAAGAAAUCGUCUGUUUCCCAUGUCUUUGAUGUGAAAUUAUGGUCUAGCUCAACAGAUGACCCUUCAAGAUAUGUCCCUAUUAUUUCGUGUGGGUCUUUUGCAACAUGUGGAAGAAGAGAAUCCAUGGAAGAUACACACUUCCUCAUGCCUCACAUGUGUUGUGAGGAAAGCAUCCACUUAUUUGCCAUCUUCGAUGGUCAUAGAGGUGCUGCAGCUGCUGAAUUUUCUGCUCAAGUUUUGCCAGGAUUAGUUCAAAGCUCAUGUUCCACAAGCGCUGGCGAGGCAUUGUCACAAGCAUUUGUUAGAACGGAUUUAGCUUUCAGACAAGAACUUGAUUCCCAUCGGCAAUCAAAAAGGGUGAGUCAGAAAAACUGGCAUCCUGGUUGUACUGCUAUAGCCUCUCUCCUAGUAGAGAAUAAGCUUUUCGUUGCAAAUGUUGGUGACUCCAGGGCAAUUUUAUGUCGCUCGGGCCACCCUAUUGCUCUAAGUAAGGCACAUCUUGCCACCUGUAUUGAUGAAAGAAAUCGUGUGAUUGGAGAAGGUGGGCGUAUUGAAUGGUUGGUUGACACAUGGAGAGUUGCUCCUGCUGGCCUUCAGGUUACCCGGUCGAUAGGAGAUGAUGACCUGAAGCCAGCUGUAACAGCAGAACCAGAGAUCAGUGAGACAAUUCUAUCAGCUGAUGAUGAGUUCUUGGUAAUGGCGAGCGACGGGCUCUGGGAUGUUUUGAACGAUAAGGAAGUUAUUAGUAUAAUCAGGGAUACUGUAAAAGAACCUUCAAUGUGUUCAAAGAGACUAGCAACCGAGGCUGCAGCACGUGGUAGUGCCGAUAACAUCACAGUCAUUGUAGUCUUUCUACGGCCAGUGUCUACAGCUGAAAGGAUCUACUAGUAGCCAAUUCUUGCAUAGUAUUAUUCAACAUGCAAUUUCUUUACAUAUUAUUAGUUCCUCAUGUUUCCAAAGUUCCACAUUGGGCACUGAAGCUUAUGUAAUUGCCCCAGAGUAUUAUUAUAUUUGCUCUGAACCAGAAAGUACAUAAAACAUGUAAACUACAAGGAAACUUAACUUGAGUUAUAUACUCCUGAUUACAUCA